AUGUCGUUCAACAACACAAAGAUGGGCUUCUCUGUAAAGGACCUUCUGGAUCUUCCUGACACCAAUGGAGGUUCUGGAAAGGAGGAGACCGAGGAUGAGAACGAGGAGGAAACUAGUUUGUCAGUUGAUUCUCGAAACGAACCCAAAUCUCCAGAGCUCUCCGCUGACGAAUCCCAAGAUAUCGACAGAGACACCGCAGUUGACAGCAGCGACUCUGGAAAGAAGAGGAAAAGGAGGGUGCUGUUUUCCAAAGCGCAAACAUAUGAACUAGAGCGACGAUUUCGACAACAGAGAUAUCUCUCUGCGCCUGAGAGGGAGCACCUUGCCAACGCACUACGACUGACACAGACCCAGGUGAAGAUCUGGUUCCAGAAUCACCGGUAUAAAAUGAAGAGAGCACGCGCUGAGAAGUGUAUGGAAAUGGUUCAUCUCGUGUCCCCAAGACGGGUGGCAAUUCCGGUUUUGAUUCGGGAUGGAAAACCGUGUGACACUAGCAAAACUCAGGAACUUGAGGCCUCGUUCAGGGCUGGAAUACCUCUCUCGGCGUAUAGCGCCUAUUCUCUCCAUCACAUGCAUAUGCGCUCUCACUACAGCCCCGACGCAUUGUCACAACUGCCCAGUCUGCAUCACUUGGCGCAAAUGUACCAAUGGACUUGGUAGAAGAUGGAUAGGCCUACUUCAAAUAACUUUGAUUCGAAAAAUAUAAAUACAACUUUUCCUGAUUUGGAUUGAAAUUAUUCUCUCUAUUUUAUUCACAUCAAAGUUGAUUAUGGGGUGGCCCAUGAGGUCUGGACGAUGUUACGCCUCGUGAGAUUCCGUUAGUUUUAUAAUGUUUGCUAAAUGAAUGUUAUAAAUAAAUGUUGUCUGUUGUAAAGUGCUCAUAUUAUGAAUUAAUUUAUG